UUGCAAAUUAGGCAAUUCUGCAGGCGCGAUAUCUGUAACCGAGUGGACUGGCUAUGGGCGCUUAUCCCGGACAUCUUUGCUGGUCUUCAGGGGGUAUUCUUUCUGGCAAUGGCGCCUUUCAUUCAUGACGACGGUUGCGAAGCCCGCCCCACCCCUUCUCACACGACCGGGGGCGAGCCGGGUGACUCUGUCGAUGAGAUAUCGGUAGCGGUCGAAUGGAAGCUUUUGUUGCCACUGCUCCCUCACGGUGUGGCUGACCCGCAACCAAGUGACGGACGAAGCGUUCUUGAGGUACCGUGUCAUGCUGAUGAGCAGGAUCGUCUGGCUCUGGCACAUGACGGCGUAGCUAAGGUAAUCAGAGAGGUGGGCGAAAGGGCCGUUACCAUGCACGCCAUCCGAAAUGACGCCCUCGAGGAGGGUGACUUUUGGGCAUCGACAUGGAUCGUCAAGAAGGCAAAUUCGGCGGAACCUAUGGAACAGGAGAAGUUGUUGAAGGGAUAUGUCUGGGCCCCGGUUGAAAUCUGCUCGCCCAAGAUGCGCCUUAAAGACCCUGAAACUCGGAUCCGGAUGCGCAAGGUUAUUUCCGCAUUAUGUUCGAGCCAUCGGGUGGCAGCCAACUGCACUUGCGAUAUCCAUAUCCACCUCGGUAGAAUGGACGGCCGGGCGUGGUCGUUGCCGACUUUGAAGAGGCUCGGGUCGUUCCUGUGGGUAGCCGAACCAACAUUGAGGAGCAUCAGGGACCCGAACUCGCCAAAUUUCAACCAUGUCUACACGUGGGGGUUCGAGCUGCGCCGACGAAGCCGACUCGCGAAACGAGUCGAGCAUCUGGUUGAUCCUUUUGUUUGUCAGUUGCCCGUAUCAAUGACCAGCCGGCUUGGUGAAAUCUCAGACCACCAGGUUUCAGAUAGCCUUCGCGGUCAGACAGUGGUACCUGCCGCAGAGCUCGCGGCCAUUCUCGAGAUAUGGAAGACGGCAUCGCGUCUUGAGCUCGGUCAGCUGUUGUCCGGUCCGGAGAAGAAAUACAGAAGGCUGGGAUUCAACUUCAGUGCGUUUGGCGAAGAAGAUGAACGCGCGCGACACAACCCUCGAACCUUUGAGUUCCGCAUAAUGGAAGGCUCGGUCCAGGUCGAUCUGAUCUUGAGUUGGAUGGCCAUCUGCGGAACGAUCGUAGAGGCCGUGGUGGCUAGAGCAGACAGCCGCUUCGUUUCUGCGCUCGGCCUGAUGCUACGCCAGCGGGCGCAGGCUCAAAUUCCGUUGGCUGUAGAUGGCGAGGAGAGGGAGGGGGUCAAGCGAGGGCGUGAGUUUCGAGGGUUGAUGCAGGCAUUGGGUCUCUCGGUUGACGAGUAUCGUGCAUUUGAGGAGAAGAUCAUGCGAGACUGGUAAGGCACGUCACCCGAUAGUCUAUUUGUGUCUGGUCAGUAUCCAUGUGUACGAGGUAGCAACUCGCCAGGAAGGCAAGUUACUUAUACAGGCUAUGCUUCCGUAAAGAGAAACCUGGGGAUGCCGCAGUAGAUACACGCCAACCUAACCUUGACUGCAAGAAACAGCCCGACUGUACAAAUGUAUUCAACUCCGAGAAG